AUUUCCAUAAGAAAAGUUGCCCAUGUCAUUGGACUUCUCGUCUCUAGUUUGCCUGCUGUCCAGUAUGGACCUCUUCAUUAUAGGAGUCUUGAAAUUGAUAAAAAUAUAGCUUUACAACAAAAUAAUGGCAACUGUAAAGUUAUUAUGACCCUCUCCUCAGAAUCUGUCAGUGACCUUGGCCGGUGGGUGACUAGCCUACCUAUAGCAUGGAAAAAUAUUACCAUGGGCAACCCAACUAUAGAAAUGGCAACAGAUGCAUCAACUUUAGGCUGGGGGGCAGUCUGCAAUGGAAAAAGUGCCCAAGGCAUGUGGCCCCCACUUGAAAAACAAAAGCACAUUAAU